AUUGUUAUAAAAAUCUUUCUAGAAUUGAACAAAAAUAAUAAAUUGCAUAAACUGUAAAAUAAUUAUCAAAUAUAUAAAGAAUUAUUGACUCAAGCUACUAUGUAGCGAUAUGAUUAAAUAUUAUGAAUUAAGAUGAAGGAAAAGCUAUAUAGAAGAAGAAACAUAGAUAAAUUAGUAUCCUAUGCAAUAAAAUGAAUGCUAUGUUAAUUUAUCAAAAAUUAUGGGAAGACAAGAAAAUACUUCAUUUCUUAUAGCUAUAGCAUUAAAAAAAUAAUCAUCAUAAAUAAAACUGUCAUUUAUAAGAAAUAUUCCAAACAAAGAGCCCAAUAAUAAACCAAGCUUAAGAAAGAAGAUUUUUAAUGAUGAUUUUACUGAAAAUAAAAUAAAAAUAGAGUUUAGUAGUAAUAAGAGAUAUCUUUAGGUUUUCAGACUGGAAUAAAUUGUUUAGAUUAGUUCUGAAUUAAUUAAUUUCAAAAUUUCACAAUAAUUUUUAUAACGAAUUCGUCAUGUAGUAUUUCUUAUGUAAAUGUAAGGGAUGGUAUUAGAAUUUUGAUUCAUUUGUCAUAUUUAAUAGUAUCCUUUGA